AGGCCUAUUCGAUGAAACUGUUCUGUUUUGCAGCGAACAAAGGUUAAAGAAGAGCUUUCAUGUGUUAAAAACAAAGGCUAUGUAAACAGAAAUGGAGUUUGCAAAUUGAAAGCAAGCACGGUGCAUUUUACUAGGUUUGCUUUGCUUAUUUGAUUAACCAAUGAGAUUGCGGAACAAAAUUAAAACUAAUUGACAGAUGGUUUUGAUAGGCGUGGUUUUUAAUCAUCCAAACGCUCUGUGAUUGGCUGGAGUACCUACAGCUCGAGAGUAGCACAAUGAACAACACGGCAUCCAAUUCACAUGCAGAUGAACUUUUGCUUACAUUUAGCAUUUGUGAAUUCCGCUCAGGUGAGCGAGCUUUUGUACCAACCUCGAAAACCAAUUUAGAGCUAAAAUCCCUAAGCCCGAACGAGCGUUUGAAUGACUGGGAAUCUUAGGGAUAUUUCGAGAUAAUACUGUGUAGACAGAAAUAGGUUGGAGUGUCGAUCUCGGCUGGCGUGAGAUUUACAUGGCUCCGCUGAAGAAUUCGUUGGUUUUUGUUGCGAUCUUGGCGAGCUCCGUCGCUAUUGUACACGGCCAAGGUUUCAGGAAAAAAGGAUGGCAGUGCGAAACGAUCACUGUGCCACUUUGCAGCGACUUGGGUUAUAAUGCAACUCGAAUGCCUAAUAUGCUCGGGCAUGAUACUCAGAAAGAAGCAGAACAAGAACUGAGACAGUACCUUCCGUUGAUAAAGUACAACUGCGCCAGCCAGUUACAGUUUUUCUUAUGUUCUGCGUAUUUUCCGAUGUGCACCAAAAUGGUGGAAAUUUUGAUUACAUCCUGCCGGCCUUUGUGCGAGUACGUUCGCAAACAGUGCUUACACGUGCUUACAGAGUUUGGCAUACCCUGGCCAGCGAAGCUCAACUGCACCAAGUUCAAAGACAAGAACAUCGGUCAAGAAAAUAUGUGUAUGCCAGGGCCGAACUUCACCGACGAUUCAAGCUCCAGACCGCUAGUUGGAAGCACCAGCAUACAGCCAAACGACACUGUUACAACGACGCCAGCGGGAAAAAUAUAUACUGGCUCGGAGGAGUGCAGGAAAUUCAAAAAUAGCGUGAAUUAUUAUUAUGUUGAGAGCACCAGAUCGUGCGCCGUACUUUGUAAUCAAGAAGGUAUUUUUACGACCUCGGAUAAAAAUAUAAUGGACAAAUGGAUGGCCGCUUGGUCUAUCCUGUGUCUUGUGUCGACGCUAGUCGUUCUGUGCACCUUCUUCGUGGACACGGCGAGAUUCAAGUAUCCUGAGCGAUCGAUUAUUUGGCUCGCUCUUUGUUAUUGCCUUUACUCGAUCUCCUUCAUCGUUCGCCUCGCAGCUGGCCGCGAGACGAUCUCUUGCGAUCACGAGUACAACACGCCUAAGUUUCUCAUUCAAGACGGUCGUCGAAACACCGGAUGCGCCAUUGUGUUUCUAGUUCAGUAUUUUUUCAGCAUGGCUGCUACAAUUUGGUGGGUCAUUUUGGCGUUAACUUGGUUCCUCGCUGCGGGCAUGAAAUGGGGCUACGAGGCCAUUGGUUCCUAUUCGAAUCUCUUCCAUGUUAUUGCAUGGACAUUGCCUUGUAUCAAAACAAUAUUUAUCUUCAUAACUGGUAAAAUAGACGGAGACGAGUUGACCGGACUCUGUUUUGUUGGGAAUCAGGACUUGAUCGCUUUGGCCGCAUUCGUUCUGGGUCCUCAGUUCACUUAUCUCAUUAUUGGCACACUGUUUCUGAUCGCUGGAUUUGUCGGGCUGUUUCGCAUCCGCGCGACCAUUCAGCGCGAUGGCAACACAAAAAGCGAGACUAACAAACUAGAAAGACUGAUCGUUCGCCUUGGCAUAUUUUCGGUGUUUUCUACCGUGCCUGCAACUGCGGUCAUCGCCUGUUACUUUUACGAAUAUGCAAACAAAGAAUAUUGGUUCUACGGCAAACGAGAAAGUAGGAUCGCUGUACCAAAUCUGAUCAUCUUUCAGCUGAAAAUAUUCAUGUCGCUGUUCGUCGGGACAAUUUCGGGGAUGUGGAUUUGGUCUCCGAAAACACUGCAAUCGUGGAAAAAGGUUUACUAUUUGGCAACUGGGAAAAGGCCUCCCCGACCACAAACGCAAAGGCAUGGCGGACAUAAUUCGAACGAAACAACAGUAUGAAGUUUUGACGGUAUAAACACUGACAUGAAACAUGGGUCGUUGCGGCAUGGUGCUGCUGCUCAUAGCAAAACGAUUCACUUCUCGUCGGCGUCGAGUUUGAUUUUCGUUCGCUAACAUCGCGAUAUCAAAAUCGCUCCUUGAAGAGUUAGACAGUCCUUGGUCCGAAAACAUACUCAGCUAGUACUUAGCAAUUAGCACCUAAUUUGUGAUCGAAUAUAGUAAAGCGAAAGUCCAUUUUGUAGACGAACUAAAAACAACACUUGUAUUAUCGAUGUUGUUCGAGGGUAGCGUAAGUAAGUUGUGUUACAUAGUCGUGUUUCACGUCCAGUUUAGUAGCUUAUGGAAAUAAUGUCAGUGACUUUUUCUCGAGUUGUUUUUUAUAUCACAAACCUCUAAUAUCGUUUGUAAAAAUGUAGCGAAGGUUGUCUUGUUACUGUUUGUCCUCGCAGGCUGUGGUCAGGAAACACCAACAGAAGUUAUAUUUUGUUGAGAUAUUGUCUUUUUGCAGCUUGAUUCAUAUGUAAAAUGCUACAAUUCAAAAAUUAAGUUGUAUAAAAUAGAAAGAUGAUUUUCAAGAAACAACGUA